AUGAGGUUGUGCGCUCGGAACAUGGCCUCGGAGGACCCCCCGGCCCGGCCUCCCUCGCGGGGCCGGCGCUCCCCGGGGUCCGAUAGAGCGGCAGCGGCCGGGCUCUUAUCGGGCCGGGUCGGGGUGCAGGCGGCCGCGGAGCGGGGUUCCAGGAAGCCCGCCUGGGGCCCCCCCGCCGGCCCCGUCCCCCCCGGAUGCCGCCUGCGGCUCUGGCCGCGGCCGCUCGCCCGUCGUCGGUGUCACUCUGAGCUCCGCCGGGGAGAGUUCCAUGCUGGCCCCCAGCAGGCGGGGCCCCCACCCCUCACAGCCCGGCCCCCACUCCCAUCUUGGCAAGGGGGCCGGGGAAAGGCAGCUAAUUUCAAGUCUGUACGGCGUUUGUGGUCGUGUCCUGAACUCUCCACGAUUAAUCACCGGAGCAUCUGA